CAGUUCCAUCAGUUCACGUUGCUCCUCCCCUCCCUCUCGCCUUCCUGAGCUCACACCCGCCAAAACCCUACCUCCGACCGAAGGCUGCUUCUCCCUGCUCAUCCAUCGCCGGGCGAGAUGAAGGGCGGCGACAUCGAGGCGGGGACCUCCGCGGCGCCGGCGGGGGCGCUGUACCCCGGGAUGGCGGAGAGCCCCGAGCUGCGCUGGGCGCUCAUCCGGAAGAUCUACGUCAUCCUCUCCCUGCAGCUGCUCCUCACCGCCGCCGUCGCCGCCGUCGUCGUCAAGGUCCCCGCCAUCCCCCACUUCUUCGCCUCCUCCUACGCCGGCCUCGGGCUCUACAUCUUCCUCCUCAUCCUCCCCUUCAUCGUGCUGUGCCCGUUGUACAUCUACCGCCAGAAGCACCCAGUCAACCUGCUGCUGCUUGGCGUCUUCACAGUGGCCAUCAGCUUCGCUGUCGGCAUGACAUGUGCCUUCACUAGUGGCAAGGUCAUUUUGGAGGCAGCGAUUCUUACAACGGUGGUUGUCUUCAGCCUGACUGCUUACACCUUCUGGGCUGUAAAGAGGGGCAAGGACUUCAGCUUCCUUGGCCCUUUCUUAUUUGCUUCUCUCAUCAUGUUGCUCGUCUUUGGGUUCAUUCAGAUCCUCUUCCCGCUGGGCAAGCUCUCUCACAUGAUCUAUGGGGCGCUGGCGGCACUCAUCUUCAGUGGCUACAUUGUCUAUGACACGGACAACAUCAUCAAGCGUUACACGUAUGACGAGUAUGUCUGGGCUGCCGUCUCGCUCUACCUUGACAUCAUCAAUCUGUUCAUGGCCCUGCUAACCCUGUUUAGUGCGGGUGACAGCUAAGCGCAUCGCCCUUUCACCUGCUCACAAGUCCUUGACUUGAAGAACUGUAUAGGCGCUUAUUAGUUUAGUAGAGUUGAUCCCUAGAGAGGAAACAUGUAAGAAAAGUGACAUGCGUCGGUUCUAUGGAUGGUAGAUGUGACGUUGGAUUUAGGGGGUCUUUGAUAUGCUGGAUUGGUGGUGUGCUGCUGCGUUUACGAUAUCAUUUCUUA